AUGGACGCCUCGCUGGCGAGGCGGGUGUGGGACGUGAUCUGCGCCGCCUGCGGCAUGAUCAGGAAAGGCUUCCGCAAGCACAGGCUGUUAAUGGAGGUCCACCUCCUCCUCAAGCGCGGGAAGCUGGCCGGAAAAGCCAUCACAGAGUUAUUGCUCCACCACCACCGCCGCCCUGACUCGGGAAGAUUUCCGGUGGAUCCACCGAGUUUAUCCUUCCACCGCCGCGACUACGUGGAGUUCAGCUGCAGCAGCACCCCCUCCCCUGUUUCUUUCUUCCUCUCCAAGUUUCUCCCCGGAAGGCGGAGAGGAGACCGGACCGCCGCUGCUUCGGCGGAGGCGUUGCCCUUGGAGUUCGAGACGUUGGCGAGCGCGGCGGAGUCGCCGGCGACUCUGUUCUGGCAGAGCCCGGUGGCGGGGAGGCUGAGCCCGGAGGCUGUGGACCUUCAGGCGGAGGCCUUCAUCAAGGGGUUCUAUGAGCAGCUGCGCAUGCAGCAGAGCUUGCCUGCGACGCCGGAGUGCCGCGACAGGGGAGCCGCCUGA